UGGGGGAGCUGGUAGAUCCUCUCGGGAGAGCCCAUAUCUACCUCGGCCAAGGAGUCUUUGGGCAGAUCAAAGCAAGGAGUUGGCUUAAGUUCAUGUUUAUGCAAAAAGCAACAGGAAGGAGGCGGGGAGGGGGAAACACAAUCUAGUCUUAGAUUUGCCUGACUGGAUUUUGAACUCUAGUCUUGAUGCAGAUUUUUCCACUGUAAUUUUAUUUGUGAUUUCCUGGGAAGCUUCUGCAGCCGGCAGACCUUUGGGUUAAAUUUAUCAUAUGGAAUUAAUCUCCACGGUUAUUUCUGCUUCAUCUGAAGGGGUGUGAACGGGAUGUGUGUGUUUGUGCGUGUAGGUGACAGGCAAGCAAGAACAAGAUCCAGUGAAGAAACAGCCUUGUGUGCAAUUAACUGCUCCUGCUCUGUGGGAUAAAUGCUGCUUUCCCCCAAAGUGCUUCUUUUAACCAAGCGGGGCCCAUUUGAGCUCAAAGCCUCUGGAAUGAGGCCGCCUGGACUGUGGGCUCCCACUCCAAAAGCAGCCCUUGAAGAGGAAACCUUUGCUCUAUCCCAGCCCUGCUUGAAAGCUGUUGGGUGGAGUGAGAGAAAGAGAUGCUGUGUGCAUUCGAUGGAAUUUGGUGUAAAUCUCUCAGGGCUGUUGGCUGGUCUAAGAAGUGGCCAAAUUGGGCCAGUGGUGCCAGAUGCACCUUCAAACCAGCACAGCUGGACCAUCAGAGACUCCGGCAACCCCCACCCACCCCCCAAUCGCUGAAGGCCUCCUAGGGGAGUGUUUUAAUCGCCCUUUGCAGGAGAAUCGCUUGUCCUUGGUGGCGCUUCUGACCGCAUCUUGGAUGGGAUCUCUCUGGGUCAACGGAUCGCUAAAUUGGGAUUUGCGCCAGAGUCGCUCUAAGUCUGCCAGGGGGAAAGUCUGGGGGGAGAUGCCAGCUGGGUGCCCGAGAGAGCCGAUCUGCGGGGAACGGGAUCGGGAUCGCUUUCCUCCGCCUGCCCAGAGGUCUCCUUCCUGGAGAAGCGGCGGCGGCAAUUCCGGUGCCACCGCCUCGAGGCAGGCGGUCCUUGGAAAGAGAGAGGCGGCUGAGCAGGAACCCGAGCGGAGCCGGAGCGUCUUCGCCCUGCCUUUGUCCUGGCCGCCGGGACCCUCCUCUCCUCCCGCAUCUCCGGAGUUGCGUCGCCCUUGCGCUGCCCAAUUUCCCCCCCCCCCCACGAAGUGUGUGCCCGUGGCAGCUCCUGCUGGACCCGGGGGAGGGGCGGGGCGGUGGGCGAGAGAGCACCUGCAGAGAGAGGCAGGUCACGCCGUCGCCCCUCCCCUUGGCCUGGGAGGGGGAUUCCCCCCGACGGGGCGGGGCGGGGCUGGGCUCUCACUACCUGCGUUUAAAACGCAGCGUUACUCGGAGUCCGAGAGAGAACGCCACGGCACGGUGGGUCUCCCUACCAGAUGAGGCGGGAAGGGUUCCCGGGCCGGACCCUGCUGGCAUUCUGGGAGGGAGGGCGCGCUCUGCACAUGCUCCGCGGUGGCACUUCGGGCGGCGACGCAUCUCUUUCCUCGGGUGAUUCCGGGCAGGCUUUAGGAAGAGGCGCCUGACUGGCACCGUCUCCGGGCGGCAUGGCAGGAUAGGCGGCGAGGAAGGACCUGUCGCUGCAGCCGGAGGCGGGGGCGGCGGGAGGAAAGGGCAGCGCGGACCGGAGAAGAGCGAGCGGGCAGACGUGUUGAAACCGCCCGGCCGUCCCCGUUUGCGCCGUGCCCCUCAGAGGCUGCUCUGUCGGGCGCUCUGGGAGCGGAGUAGGGCAGGAAAGGGCAGUGGCUGCCGUCUCGCCGCCCUGCCCUGUCCGGACCUGAGAGCCAGCUCGGAGCGGGCAGCGCCGUCUUGUGCUGCUCCCCUCCCCGUCUCUGGGCUGAAGUGGUUUGUGCGUAGCACAGCUGCUCCAUGUGUUAGGCGCCCCGACGGGUCUCGGGCGCAGAAGUGGACAAGCGCCCCUUUCUCCCCCUGCCCGCCUGCCCAGAGGAAGGGCCGGUCUGGGAGGAAUGCAGCUCCUUGCCUCUUUGGGGGCCGGGAAGGAGCAGCGGUGCCGGUGCGGGGCAGGGAUGGGGUCGGGGCAGAAACGCCAUGAGUGAGGGGUACUACCAGUUUGCAAACAGGCCUCUCUCCCCCCUUCCGCAGAUGCCCGUGAGCCUCCCCACAGCCCUGCGUGUUUCGGGGACCACCCUCUUUGCUGUGACGGUGCUGGGAGGCAUCCUGACCGCCUACGUCACAGGCUACCAGUUCAUCCACACGGAGCAGCACUACCUGUCCUUCGGGCUCUACGGGGCCAUCCUGGGCCUCCACCUCUUCAUCCAGAGUUUCUUUGCCUUCCUGGAGCACCGGCAGAUGCGCCUGGAGGGGCGACCCCUGAAGCUGCAAGCCUCGGUGGCCCUCUGCAUCGCCGCCUACCAGGAGGACCCCGACUACCUGCGCCAAUGCCUGCGCUCCGUCCAGCGCAACUCCUUCCCCGGCCUGAAGGUGGUGAUGGUGGUGGACGGCAAUGGGGAGGAGGACGCCUACAUGCUGGACAUCUUCCAGGAGGUGAUGGGCUCGGAGCAGACCAGUUGCUUCGUCUGGAGCAGCAACUUCCACGCUCGGGCGCCGGGCGAGACGGAGGGGGCCCAUCAGAAGUCCACGCAGCACGUCCAGAGCCUCGUCCGCAACCACAGCCACUCCUGUAUCAUGCAGAAGUGGGGCGGGAAGCGGGAGGUCAUGUACACCGCCUUCCGGGCCCUGGGGGACUCCGUGGACUACGUGCAGGUGUGUGACUCGGACACCGUUCUGGAUCCUGCCUGCACGGUGGAGAUGCUCCGGGUCCUGGAGGAGGACUCCCGUGUCGGUGGUGUUGGUGGAGAUGUCCAGAUCCUCAACAAGUAUGAUUCCUGGAUCUCCUUCCUAAGCAGCGUGCGCUACUGGAUGGCCUUCAACGUGGAGCGGGCCUGCCAGUCCUACUUUGGCUGCGUCCAGUGCAUCAGUGGGCCCCUGGGGAUGUACCGCAACUCCUUGUUGCAGCAAUUUCUGGAAGACUGGUACAACCAGACCUUCCUGGGGAGCAAGUGCAGCUUUGGGGACGACCGGCACCUCACCAACCGGGUCCUCAGCCUGGGCUACCACACCAAGUACACGGCCCGCUCCAAGUGCCUAACGGAAACCCCCACCCGGUACCUGCGCUGGCUCAACCAGCAGACUCGCUGGAGCAAGUCCUACUUCCGGGAGUGGCUCUACAACGCGCUCUGGUUCCACAAGCACCACCUCUGGAUGACCUACGAGUCGGUGGUGACCGGCUUCUUCCCCUUCUUUCUCAUCGCCACCGUCAUCCAGCUGUUCUACCGCGGCCGCGUCUGGAACAUCCUCCUUUUCCUCCUGACGGUGCAGCUGGUGGGCAUCGUCAAGGCCACCUACGCCUGCUUCCUGCGGGGCAGCGCAGAGAUGAUCUUCAUGUCCCUCUACUCCUUGCUCUACAUGUCCAGCCUCUUGCCGGCCAAGAUGUUUGCCAUCGCCACCAUCAACAAGUCCGGCUGGGGCACCUCGGGCAGGAAGCGGAUUGUGGUCAACUUCAUCGGCCUCAUCCCCGUCUCGGUCUGGGUGGCGGUGCUGCUGGGCGGGUUGGCGUACACGGCCUGCCGCCAGGACCUCUUCACAGACACCGAGCUGGUCUUCCUCAUCUCGGGGGCCAUCUUGUACGCCUGCUAUUGGGUGGCCCUGCUCACCCUCUACCUGGCCAUUGUGGCCAGGCGCUGCAGCAAGCCCCAGGAGCAGUACAGCUUGGCCUUCGCGGAGGCGUGAUGCUGCGGGAAGGCGAUGGGGGGAGCUGGAGCAAGGAACUCCCUGGGCCGGCCCUUUGCCUGUGUGGCUGAGGCAAGGGAAGGGCUGGCCCCACCCUGCUUGAGGCAGCAUUUCACUCGUCUGGAAGCAGCUGGCAAUCUCAGCAAGCUGGAACCCUUUGCUGGGUGGGUGGGGGAAGCAGGGGUUCUGCUCCAGAGCCCUCCCGAGGGGCUGGUGGAAAGACCCACUUGGACUCCUGCGAAGGACCUCAGCAGCAGCUCACCUGCCUCCUAUGCAAAUAAGACCUUCCUGAAGGGCUGGAGGUGGGUGAGGAGGGUGGCUCUCAGAGGCCACACUUUGGGGCAAUUACCCUGGGGAGACAUUGCUGAUUGCUCUGGGGGAGGAGGGGGGAGGGCUCUACCAGAUCCCCUUUGGAGAUGCUGCCUGUAGGGAAAGUCAUCUGGUGUCUUCCGGUUGUGUCACUGCAGGAACAAAGGGGGGAGGGGGAGAAAGCUCCUUUGGGGGAAAUUGCCCACCAGAAAGGGAACCUUCCCAGCCUCCCACAAUGCCCACCCCUUCCGUGACAGCUGCAGACAGGGAGGCCUCAGUCGGAGGAGCUGGUUGCCUUGCAGCCACUCCUGAUUUCCCACCAACAUUUACAUGCUAUCAAGCACAUGGAUGACGCCUGAUUUAGCAAAGUUUAGCUGGGGUUUGUCCCUGCCUGCAACCAUGUGGUUGUAGUAUUGUGGGUACUACUAGGACAUUCUACCUCUGUCCACGCCCCUCAUCCUGGUAGGUCUCUGGGGCUUUCCUACAGAUCCCCCCACGGUGCUACUUCCAAGUGGGAGAAGGGAGGACGAGGGGCAGCAGUGGUGCUUCAUGGGCUUCCCCCUCCUCUCUGCUUAUACCGCCCCACCCUCAAUACGCCUUGCCUCCCUCCUCCAGCAAGAAGGGUCUGGGGGCUGGAGGGGGACUCCCGGGGCUUCUAGUUCAGGAGUGAGGGGAGCUUUUCCUGCAAUCUGUCAUUCCGCGAGAGGAACACGGUGCCUCUGCCAGCUUCCUGCUUAGCCACAUUGGAAACUCUGGACACAGGCUAGCUCAGCGUAGAUCCUGGCUGCCCCCUGCUGGAGUUUAGAGGAAAGGCAGCUCUUCCCAGUUUCUGUCCUAAAGAGGAUUCCUGAAACUGAGAAUUACACCUUUUUUGAAAAGCAAGUUUCUAUAUUUUAAGCAAUAUUUUAAACGGUCUCAGAAAAAUUCGGAGACUUUUUCUGGAGUUUCCCGCCUUGUACAUCUGUUGCCAGAUUGUGCUCUGCUUUUUACAAAUCCCAUCCCCCAGCCUGCCUGCAGAGGUUGUGGGUGGGAGCUUUUAAGGAGAGACCAUUAAUUAGGGUCUGCUGCUUGAGCAGGGGGUUGGACUAGAAGACCUCCAAGGUCCCUUCCGACUCUGAUAAUGUUCUGCUCUACACUUUUUAGCUGAUCAGAAAUAUGGAUACUGUAUAAUAAGGCCUGCACAUUUAAAAGAAUGCAAGUUCAGUGGCCUGAGAAAACAUGUUAUAAUGAUAAAAUGUUUUGUUGUAUUGGUGUUAAAUGCUCUAAGACAACCUUUACUGAUCUGCUGCCAUCCAGAUGUAUGGACUUCAACCCAUCAUCCCCAGCCAGCAAUUAAACUCCAGCACAUCUGGAGAACUAGUGAAGCUUCAUCGGCUGGCUGAACAGAGCUCUCCCUCCUGGGUUCCUUGUGUCUUCCUUGCUAAUGGGAGUUUCUAGCCGAUAUCCAGACCCCUCA